AUGUGUGCUGCUCUUUGCAGUAAUUCAUGUGUGAACAAACUGUGCACACAGUAUACUGGUGGUGGCAGAUAUGUUGUCAGAGCAGUGGUACUAUUUGUCUGCACACUGGUUGUCAUCUUGCAGCUUAUGGAAUGCUUUGGUAGACUGAUUGAGCCUCCAGUUUCUACACAUUCACGUAUAACAUUUAACAAGACCAUGACUUACCCUGCUGUAACAAUUUGCCGUGCUGUAGGUUACAAAGAAGAUGUACUAUUGAAAUAUAAAUUGGGCACUAAGAUACACUGGACUUCUGAAUGGCGAUAUUUUCCAUAUGAAAAUGCUUCUCUCCAGCAAUUUUGGGAUGAGGCAACAUAUACACAGGAUGAAGUGCUGGUACUUUAUGGCUUAUACCAUAAGGCCAAAAAUGUAGAGGUAACAAGCAAAACAUUUUUCAACUCAGGACGAUGCUACACACUGAAACCAUUGACUCAAGUAGAAACAGUUGGACGUGUAGUUGGAUACUCUGUUACACUGAACUAUGGAACAUAUUCAUCUCGACAGAAUACUGGUUGGAGCAUAUACAUCCAUGAUCAAACAGAAACUUGGUCAGAAAACUCCCUUCAAAUAUCAGGUCAGCAAGAUUCAUUUCUUCUGGAUUUACAAGAGGAAUUACAUCUUAGAGUCGCUGCUCAGCAAUAUAAAGCUAUCGGUCAAGUAUCGGCCCCCUGUAAUGCUUCAUCAUCAUACAGUUAUUCAGCGUGUGAAGAAUUGUGUUGUCACAAGCAGCUUGCUGAAAAUGUGGGUUGUUCUGCCCCAUGGUUAUCUGGAGUUGACAUGCCACACUGUUCAAAUUACACUUCAAAUAAGAAAUUGAUGGAUGGUUACAUGAAUAAUCGCUGCAAUUUCUCCAUCUGUGGCUGUCCUCGUCGAUGCGUCACCACAAACUACAUGGCAUCUGUGAGAAACAGGAGAACUUUUCAUACUACUGUAGAAAAUCACAACAUGAGUCAAUUAUAUGUAUUUUUCACUUUAAAAACAGUAACUACAGUUCAGGAACAUUUUGACUAUGAUUUCACGAUGUUUUUAGCAGAUGUUGGUGCCAUUCUAGGCUUUCUCCUUGGACUGUCAGUUCUUGGUCUAAUUGCAAUUCUAGAGCAUGUGUUAGGAGUGCUUAUUCAGUGUGUAAGUGUGGGUUGUGAUAAAGAAAGUAAGCAACAAACAUCUGCUAUGAAUAGAAUAAAUAACAAAAUAGUUUUAAGUAAAACUGUAAAUGAGCAUAUAACAUUAAGAAAAAUGUAGUGAAAAUAGUACAGAAAUGCUUAUGUUGCAGACCAGAAUGAUGUACCAGUCAAAUGUUUUAAUAACUUGACCAUUAGGAACACUUGUGGUCAUUUUCAGUAGACAUUCAUAUUGCUUGUAUCUUGUUUGUGUAAACAGAAGAAUAA